GAAGUUUGCAAACCACGUGCGUGGGUCGCGGCGAACGGCCAGGCUCCGGAAGGACCAGAGAGAGGGGGCGGGCGAACGGGGCCCACGCGCUCCACAGCGGGCUGGCACUUCGCACCUGCUCCCUAAAUCUUGCCCCGCCUCCGCUCCCCUGCCCUUGGCAGCCAGGGGGCUGGGAAGCUGGGAUGCCGGGGCGGGGCGAACGAGAAAGCGCAGGCGCGGGAGCGGAAGGGCGUGGCCAGGCUGCGUACGCGUGCGCGCGCGCACGCGCGCGUGCUGGACCCACGUGCACCUCCAGUGACGCUCCGCCCUCCCAGGCUCUGCUCGCUGGCGUGGUCAUGGGCUCGGGCCCGGUGGCAGGCUGGGUGCGGGCGCGGUACCUCGUGUACUUCCAGUACGUGGGCACGGACUUCAACGGGGUCGCGGCUGUCAGGGGCGCCCAGCGAGCCGUCGGGGUCCAGAACUACCUGGAGGAGGCUGCAGAGCGGCUCAACUCGGUCGUGCCGGUCAAGUUUACCAUUUCCAGCCGCACGGACGCCGGGGUCCACGCGCUGGGCAACGCGGCUCACUUGGACGUGCAGCGCCGCUCGGGCUUGCCGCCCUUCUCUCCCGAGGCCCUGGCCGAAGCCCUCAACGCUCACCUGAAGCACCCGGCCAUCCGGGUAGUUCAGGCCUUCCGUGUGCCCGACGACUUCCAUGCCCGCCAUGCUGCCACAUCCAGGACCUAUGUGUACCGCCUGGCCACCGGCUGCCCCCGGUAUGACCAACUGCCCGUGUUUGAACGAAAUCGAUGCUGGGCCCUGCGGGCAGACUGCUUGGAUUUGGCUGCCAUGCAGGAGGCUGCCCAGCACCUCCUGGGGACACAUGACUUCAGUGCCUUCCAGUCGGCUGGCAGCCCGGCCACUAGCUCGGUGCGCACCCUGCGCCGAGCCUCCAUGCACCCUGACCUGGCCGGCCCCUUUGUCCUCGCCCAGGAGAGUAGGAAGUUGCGGUUCUGGAGCCUGGAGUUUGAAAGCCAGUCCUUCCUGUACAGACAGGUCCGGAGGAUGACAGCUGUGCUAGUGGCCGUGGGGCUGGGGGCUCUGACACCCACUCAAGUGAAGGCAAUUCUGGAGAGCCGGGACCCCCUGGGACAACACCAGAGACGUGUGGCCCCAGCCCAGGGUCUGUUCCUCAAGUCAGUGUUCUACAGGGAGCUUGAUGGGAAUCCAGCUUAUGCCCAGUGGGAAAGCCAGGACCCAGAAAACAGGGAGAUCCCACCCUGAGCUGCAGACCUCAGGCUGGAGACCAGCAGGCCAUGGGCAGGUGGCCUGCAGUGAGGUGAGGGGCCUCCUACCCAAGCCCCACUUCUGACCUAGCCCUGUAAGCAAGUUCCCAACUGAGGCGGCUGGAGAGGGUGGUGAGGCGCUUGACCCCUGGGACAAAGCAGGGGCUCUGCAGCUCAGCUGGAGACUAGACCUGGGGCCGGCCCAAGUGCCUGCAGAGAGCCCCCCGCCCUCCAUCUGUCCGUAGGUCCUGCCUCCCCAUGGCCUCCAUACCUCAGAUGACCCCCAGACACCCAGCUGAGGUCAGGGCAGCUGUGACACAGUAGGCCCAGCUGCUGGAAUCUGCCCAGCUCUACAGGCCCAUGCGCCUGGCAGGAACCAGCCCUGUGCCAUCCAGCUCUCAGCCAUCAGGCCAGAGCAGUCCUCCUGCCUCCCAUCGCCCUGAACCUGCCCAAAGUCUCCACUUCCCUGGGCAUCCCCAUAUGCCCCAGGUGGGCCACGCUGGGGACGGACUGCAGGAGACAGUAUGAACACCAGGACAGGGGCACUCAGCCUUUGGUUUUACUAGAAGUGAUGCCCCCAGAGCGCCCACACAUCUUCUGUGGGCUCAGGGUAGAAAUAAAAGGUGAAAAGGC